AUGGUUCAAAUUCUCUCCAUGGCCUCGAGCCUCCUUGCGCUGAGCGCAUUCGUCGCUGCUGCUCCAGCACCAGCACCAACCGCAGCACCAAACCCAGCUGAUGCUCUCGCUGCUAUCGAGAACCGUGCUGCCGCCUGUACCUUCUCCGGAGCUAAUGGUGCCGCCGCCGCUUCCAAGUCCAAGGCUUCCUGCGCAACCAUUGUCCUCAGCGCCCUCUCUGUCCCAUCCGGUACCACUCUUGACUUGACUGGCCUCAACUCGGGUACCCAGGUCAUCUUCGAGGGUACCACCACCUUCGGUUACGAAGAAUGGUCCGGUCCUCUCUUCUCUGUCUCCGGAACUGACAUCACUGUCAAGGGUGCUGCCGGCAGCACGCUUGAUGGUCAAGGAGCCAAGUACUGGGAUGGUAAGGGAACCAACGGUGGAAAGACCAAGCCAAAGUUCUUCUACGCCCACUCCUUGAAGGGCAAAUCCGUCAUCGAUGGUAUCAACAUCUUGAACUCUCCAGUUCAAGUCUUCUCCAUCAACGGUGCUUCCGGUCUUACUCUCUCCAACAUCCACAUUGACAACUCUGCCGGUACCUCCCUCGGACACAACACUGAUGCUUUCGAUGUUGGUUCCUCCAGCGACAUCACCAUCUCCGGUGCCAACGUUCAAAACCAAGAUGACUGUCUCGCUAUCAACUCCGGUACUGGUAUCACCUUCACCGGUGGAACCUGCUCCGGUGGUCACGGUCUCUCCAUCGGAUCUGUCGGUGGACGUUCCGACAACGUUGUCUCCGACAUCACCAUUGAAUCCUCCACUGUCAAGAACUCUGCCAACGGUGUCCGCAUCAAGACCGUUUCUGGUGCUACUGGAUCUGUCUCCGGCGUUACCUACAAGGACAUCACUCUCUCCGGCAUUACAUCCUACGGUGUUGUUGUUCAACAAGAUUACCAAAACGGUUCCCCAACCGGAAAGCCAACUGCCGGUGUCCCCAUUACCGAUGUUACUUUCUCCAACGUUAAGGGUACCGUCACUUCCAGUGGUACCAACGUCUACGUUCUUUGCGCCAAGUGCUCUGGAUGGACCUGGGACGUCAGCGUUUCCGGUGGUAAGACCUCCUCCAAGUGCGCUGGUCUCCCAUCUGGUGUCAAGUGUUAA